AGCAAGAAACAAAAACAAUGUACACAAUGCAAUGAAACACACAGCCAUCCAAACAUAGUAAACAAAAUACCCAAAAAACAAAAUACACAACGCAAUAAAGCCAAGGGCUAUCGCCCUUUCUUUUUGUGUAGUUUGUUGACAGCAGUUGCAAUUGCAAUCAAGUUGUUGCUUUGUCACUUGUCAAAUUUAGUUCUCGCGUAAUUUUCACACGGUUCGGACGUUCGGUAGAAGUUUCUUAGUAAAUUAUUAAUUUCAGUGGAAAAAAAUAAAGAAAAUUUUUAAUUUUUUGCAAAAAAAUAUAAUAAAAGUGUUGUUUUAUCAAUGUGUAUAAAAAUUUCCAUGAAAAAUCACAGGAAAUAUUAAUAAAAAGUGUUUAAAGUUAUUAAAAUUGCAGUCGGCCAUUAAUUCCUUUUCACCUUGCCAUUCGUAGCGUUUAUACAAAGUUAUUUUUAGGUGCCCUUUUUUAUUAAGUGUUAUGUUUUUAUCACAAUUGAUGGAGAAAAAAGAUUUAGGUAAAUGUCUUAGCUUUUAACAAAUGUUACUAACGAAAUCUCCGGAAAUAUUAAAGAAAGUGUAGAGUUAUUAGAAUUUACGCCGGUGGUCGCUGUUAUCUGAAAGUGUGCAAUGUUUUUAGUGCAAAAAGCAGAGUUUAAAAAUAAAGCUUUUUAAAAUGUGUUGAAAAAGUUCUUCAUAUAAAAGUAAAUAUGAAAUUCCUAAAAGUAUCCUACGUUAAUGUUAUGAAAGUAGAGAAGAGGAAAUGAAACGUAUAAUCUACAAAUUGUCAACGGAAGCGGAUGUGUGUUAAACAAGCUAAAAUUGGCAACUACACAACUAUCAGCGUAAAUAAUAGGUACAAUGGUAGCAUCUUUAGGGUUUAAUGAAGCUGUAGCAAAUGGACGUAAUAGACGUCGUUUUGGUCCCGGCAACACUAAACAGUCUUCGGAUGAAGCUACCGAAAAAACCUCAGCUGAUCAAAUAAUAGCAGCCUCAUCCAAUACUGAACCUAAUAAAUAUCGUCGAGGUGGUGCAUACUCCACAGAUGCAGGAGACUAUAUAUACAAUACGGCCGAUAUUAAUUUAAUACAGCCUGAGCAUAAACCUCUACAUACUAAAAUAACAGCCAAAUACACUAGCAGUAUCACAAUACCUCAUGAUUCAUCCGAAGAUACUGAAACAGCUGAAGAAUAUGUGGCCAAAGCAAUGGGUAUGUAUGGAUCGCGAUUGCGUGAACCUAUACGCGUACCCUAUGAACCAGAACCAACACAAGCUGAACAACCUCAACAGUACUACCAGCAACAGCAAAAAGAACAGGAUCAUGCACAACAAGAAAAUCAACAAUUGCUAGAACAUCAUCAACAACAUCAAGAACAACUACUAGAACAUCAUCAACAACAUGAACAUCAACAACAGCAUGAGCAUCAUCAACAACAUGAGCAUCAUCAACAACAUGAACAACAAAAGCAAAACGAGGAACAAAAACAAAAUAAUUACGAAUAUUUCACCUACACGCAAAAGGAAGUACAACAUCCACAAUAUGCAACUGACGAAGAACAAUCACAGCAACAAGCUUACCAUCAAUAUUCCUCUAGACCUUCCUCCGAAAACGAUCCAAAACAACAAUUGGAAGAACAUUUACAAGCUAAGCUUCAAGAACAAAUACAACAAGCUCAGCAAUUGGUAAAAGACAGAGAGCAGAAAGAACCAGCAGCAGAACGUAAUGAAGCCGUUGAAUCUCCCGCACCAGUGUAUGAAAAAGAUCCUGUCACCAGAUCCUACAAUAUUUAUGAAGAACACACCGAAGGUUAUGAUCCAGCACAGCAAUCAGUUGUAGACCGUAACUAUCGCACUAAAUAUAUAUACAAACCUGUUCCCCAAUAUCAAGAAAAUUCCAAUGAAAAUGAUGAUAGGAUACGAGUGUCCGCUUCCACGGAAAUACCAAAAGCCGAAAUCAUGAAGCAAAUUGAAAAGUCUGUCAUUAAAUAUAUGAAGGAGUUGGAAGCAGAAGGCAAGAUUAUUGCAGCCCCUCAAAACCAAGAAUCCAAAACCUAUUUUAAAGUCAUAACUGUUCCAGGAAGUGAUGAGAAACGUAUUGCAUCUUCUACAAUUAAGCCAACGAAAUAUAUUUCCUCUUCUAGUGGCAACUAUCAAGAUCCCUAUAAACACUUGCCUUCUCACUCCAUAUCUCAAAACCAAAAGUACCACAAAAAUUCUGUUCCUAAACCUAAUUAUCAGCCAGAAAACGAAAAUGCGUAUCAAGCGCCUGCCCAUGAUGUAGCCGAAUUAACGCCAAAUGUUGAAUUUAUCUACAAAAUAAAAACAAAAGCACCUUUACACACCGCCACAGUAAAAACUGUUUCCAAACCUUAUAAUCUACCUAUCAAGUCAUACGAGCAAUUUGAUCAUUCACAAGCACUAAAGAACUUGGAAGAAUUUGAUCUUUCUCAUGUAGUUACAACCCCGGAUCCAGAAGAACAUCAAAGUGCUUCACCCAACAAGCCAAACAAAUUGUAUUUCAAUUCAGAAAUCUAUCACGACAUUAACUCCUUGCCAUAUAAACAAAAGCAGCGAGCCGAAGCAGAAUUCCGUAAAUUAAAGGCUGCAGCAGAAAAUCAUCCAGACUAUAAAGGUUACGCCGCUUCCAAUUCUCAAGGUGGCUAUUAUGCAGAACCACCAACUGAUCGUGAACCUGAUCGCGAAGCUUCUAGUUCCAAUGUUUCCGAAGAUGGCUAUCCUAUAAUGAACCCUUACCAACAUGUUCUAAAGAAGGAGGCAAUGCCUACUAAAUAUGAUGAUGCCAAUGCUAGUUAUGAGCAGCAACAGCCUCGAAAUCAUAAAUAUAAGCCUCUAGAACUUGAUAGUUAUAAUCCUAAAUUUAAUAACAAUCCUGAGGGUUAUGGAUACCAACAGACUUAUAAGACACACCUAACAAACAGACAUGCUCCCGGUAAAAGAGGUAAACGUGGUGGCACCGCUCAUCAAAGUGCAAACAAAAAGUCAACACAUCGUGCUUCUAUAAAAGAUUAUGAAGCUAACGUUGCUCUACGUCCACCACCAAAAAAUUAAAAAACUAAUCUAUUAUUUUAAUAGCCAACGCAAAUGAAAUUACUAGAAUUUUUCUUUAUUUAUUUAUAAUUAAUUAUUUUAUAAUAUCUUUUUAUAAUAAUUUUAAUGCACCUGAAGUUGUGCUGAAUUUUAAUUUAAUAACAAUUACUAUUGUUUAAUUGUACACCAAUUUCAAAUGAUAUUAAAAGUUUGUGUUAUUUAUUUUUAAUAAUUUUUAUAAACAAUAGUCUCGUGUGUUUUAUUUUUU